CAAACCGAAGUGAUACUACUGAUUGUUGUCGGUGGCAUUCAGAUUGUAAUGAUAUUUUUUACGUACAGAGACGACAAACCUAAAUUGAUGCAUGCAUGGGUUCUUUUUCAGAGUGUUUCGCGCUGGUGAAAAACCGAGAGGCCUUUGACAGUCGUAGUGAGAUGCCACUUUAUCAUAUGAGCUUCAUUAUACAGACUUUGGUGAGGGAGGAAAAUAUGUUGCCAGACCUAGGUGGUAUAAAGGAAAGAGCCCAAAACCGUGGUCACGUAUGUAGAAACUUUAUCGGAAGCCGAGCCGAGAAACUUAAAGUAUGUCUACAACACCUCAAUGGGGACAAUUCUAUGGGCAUAGAUUGUUGUACAAAGGGAUACCUGUCGUUAUGCGAAUAUAGAUCAGUAGUGAUUAGAAACAAUAUAUUGGCAGUACCCUCAGCAGAAGAGGCAAGAGAUGUCGACUUUGUCAUGAUAGAAACUGAGCCAAUUCGUCCUGGGUAUUUACGGCUCCAAACCUUAUGUCCACAGUCGCACAAGGGACAGACUUAUUGGGUGAAUGAAACCACAGCACUGCUGAAACACACACGGGCAAAACAAACAGAAUACAAGGGUGACAUCGUACACAAAGGAAUAAAGAGUCGGGAUUGGCCGGAAGCUGCAGCCGAAUGGGUAUCACGUGACCGCCCGAGUGGUUGGCCAGGGCAACACGUUAUUGAAUCUGCUGUAGAAGGAGGUUGCCUGGUCAUAUCAAGGUCUCAUGCUCUGUCACACAAACGAGAGGUAGAAUGGCAGCUCGUUUUCCCUCAUGUUGAGACUGUUCUAGCGAAGGAAGCACUGACAGCCGCACAACGCUACUGUCUUUGUGUCUUCAAAAUUCUAGUCGAUUUCCACCUACGUCAAAUCUCUAUCAGACUGAGGACGACAACAUUCAAAACAAUUGUCUACUUUGCCUGUGAAGUGUUGCCAAUUGAUGUAUGGGAACGUAACGCCAGUGGCUGCUUAAUGUACCUAUUGGACAAAUUGUACUUCCAUCUGUCAAAGAAAUGGCUUCCAAAUUACUUCAUUAAAUCCAACAACAUGUACGACCAUCUGUCCAACUUUGAGCCCCUUGCACAGGUGAUAGAUGACAUAAGAACUUACCCAAUUAUGGCAACCUUUUUCCUAGCAGAUCACCAUGACUUGGUGCAGAUAUGGAUGUUUGAUGAUAUCAUAGACGAUAUCAAGAGUUAUAGGAACCACCGUGAUGCACGCCGCAGCUUCCACAAUGUGUUGCUGCCCAAUCUACUGAAGCUAGCCCAAACCUAUAUGCUGAAUGAAUGGUACCCAACUGCUGGCACAGUCUUAAAUGCUGCAUAUCAGGAGAUUUUGGCUGUUGCAGAAGAACACGAAGACGUACCGACAUUCCAAGAUUUCUUGAAGAAAGUCCUAGCAACGGAGGAUAUUGAUGACAGGAAAUAUAUGUACCUUUACAUGGACAGGCAAUACGGCACCAAGCUUCGGAAAACAGAAGGUACAGCUGUACAAAUGACUACGUUUAAGGACAUAGAAGGGAUUGGCGACCUGGAACAGUUUCGCGAUGAACCAAUACCUAAGUCCUGCAUAGGAGACACAGUGCUUCAAAUGCUAUACAUUUUACCGCUCGCAGAACGCCUUGAAAAGAAGAAUAGAUUUUCUGAUGCCAUUUGUCUACUACAGUCUAUUAUCAAGAAAGCAAGGCUGUUCAAAGAGGGGUUUAUGGUCCCAGAUAUCAUCGAUGACCCCACUUUAGAACGAGAAAUUAUCAAACAAACCGAAAUGCCACGAACUCUUGUAAAUGUUUCCCUGAUGGUCAGUUACGAGGUUCUGUUCAAAUGCCUAUCUUCACUUCAUGAAGAAGAUAAAUUUAAGCAACACAUUCAGGACUACGAAGAUAUUUGUUAUGAGCUGGAACACUAUGAAGCAUUAAAAGAAGUGGCUGAUAUUUGGGAGAGCUUUGGAGACAAUGAAAGGGCAAAGACACUGAGAGAGGAAGUCACACGAUGCAAACAUGAGAAGACAGAAAAGAUCGCUAAAACUGUUGUAUCAAUUUUAUCAGGUUCUGCUGGAACUGGUUUGAACGCCUUCCUACGCAAUUCGAUCCCGUAGGACUCCUGAAGGUACUGAUCAUCGAACGAUGUUAUCCAGUUCUCAUUCCUUUAACGAUUUAUAUACUAUUUUUCCCCUAUUCAAGAUUUGUUUUACUAGAGCAAAAGUAAGGCAAUGAUCUUUGACAUUCACGAAUGUGCUUAAUCUCAAUGGUUUUAAUAUCCGGACGCAGUUGUUUCAUGCGUCGUAGCUAUAUAUAUAGUUGAAUGGGUCAUUAACUCCAUUUUCUAAAUGUGACUGAGGAAUAACUAAUAUUUUACUGGUUAUAUUAUUAUGACUCAUACACAUGUAGAAUUGUGGUGUUUACAUAAAUUUGCAAACCUCGUCAGUUGGUGUUGUUUCUGAAAUUAUCACAUCUUGAAAAUAAUUAGCGAAAGUUUAGUUAAUUACAUUAUAAUGAUAAUGCAGUUGCACAAAAACUUGCAAAAUCAUAUGGAACCCAUCAGCCAAUCAGAUCGCAGCAAUUUCAUGAAAUAUGCAGACUUUUCUGACCAUAGAACUUAAGCAAGCGAAAGAUAGAACGUAUACCGAGCAACUUUUGUUUUGGUAUUAAUUUCUUCAUAGAAUAACACAUUUAAUUGUUGGUUAUAUGGAGGGCAGUUUCCUGAAACU